AUGCAGAAUCUCACAGAGGAAGACACCGCCGACAGCGACUCCCAAGACGAAGACGACUGCUGGACCGCCCUCCAACGGGCCUCCCGCGCAGGCGACCUCCCCGCCGUGCGCGCCGCCGUCGCCUCAGGAGGAGAGGACGUCAACGCCCCGCCGAGGGGCUACUACGGCCGCACGGCUCUCCAGGCCGCGUGCGAGGCAUCCCACGGCGACGUGGUAUCGGCACUACUAUCGGCGGGCGCCCAAGUCAACGACCGCCCGGGCAAUAACGGCGCCAAGAACGCACUGCAGAUCGCGGCAGGGAAGCCGGACUUGGCUCUCGUCAGGACGCUGCUGGACCACGGGGCCGACGUCAACGCGCCUGCCGCGCGGUACUUUGGUGCGACGGCGCUGCAGAGCGCGUGUGCCAAAGGACAGGACGACGUCGUGGCGCUGCUGCUGGAGCGCGGGGCGGAGGUGAAUGCCCCGCCGGCGUCAACGGCCGGGCGGACGGCGCUGCAGGCGGCGUGCGAGGGCGGAUUCAUCGCGAUAGCGCGGAUGCUGAUUCAGCGGGGAGCAGAGGUGGACGCGCCGGCGUGUCGGUAUCGAGGGUUCACGGCGCUGCAGGCGGCGAGCUACGGCGGGCAUGCGGGGCUUGUCGAGCUGCUCCUUACGGCGGGGUCUGCCGGGGUGGAAGAGGGGGCUGCGAGCGCGCGGGGGGCCAAGGGCGCGGAUGUCAACGCCGCAGGGAGCAGGUUCAAGGGCGGCGGGGCGCUGCACGCUGCUGCUGAGGGGGGCCACGUGCGGGUGGUUGAGGCGCUGUUGGGCGCCGGGGCCGAGAUCGAGGCGGGGGCUGGGUGGGACAGGGGCGGAAGGGCGCAGACUGCGUUGCAGUGCGCUGCUGCAAGGGGGCACGACGAGGUGGUGAGGUUGUUGCGGAGCAGGGGGGCGACGGGAACGGAAGGUGGAGGGGUGACUUUGUUUGGUUGA